AUGCCACCGAAGAAGCAAAGCAAAAAAUCCUCAGCUAAGCCCAAGGGUCGAUCCAAAUCCAAGGCAAAGGCAAGACCGAAGUCAGCCCCACAAAGUCUUCCAUUCUCAGCCCUUCCAAUCGACAUCACCUUUCCCAUAUUCUCCUACAUCGAUGAUCGACACACUCGACAAGACUUCUACAACUACAUUCAGGUUUCUAGACAAUUCUACACUCGAUUCGUCCCUUCCCUGUAUCAACGAUUAGAACUGGAACACCGCAAUGUCAACAGGAUCUUUAGAGGGAUAAAUUUGGACACUGGAGCUGUAAAACAAUCGACUAGACACAAGAGUAACUCAGAUUCUGCAUUCGACUCUGAAGUGUCUGAAGGUAGUGAAGAAGAGAACAACGGUCGACCGGAAGAUGAAGAAGGUGGUAGUACCUCUAAGUUGAUUGGCAAAGAAGGAGAAUGGAAUUCCGGAUUAAGCCCUCAAGAUGAACACGAUCGAAAGGUUUCCCAUCUCCAACAUGUCAAAUCCCUCAUCAUCACCGAUUGGACCGCAGCCAGUACUGUCGCUGCUGUUCUCAAGGACUCGGAAGGGAACCUUAACCAUGAUCCACCCUUCUCUCAACUCGAUUCUUUGGCAUUGGGUCAUAGCUUCCUGCGUUCCAACGAAUUUUAUCCCGAUUGUGCCUGCGACACUGAGCCGGUACCCACCAGAGUGACCAAGCAGCUCGCUACCCUUCGUCCCAAACAUGUCUGUGCAGAUUGGUCAGCUUCAGUAAAGUAUCAUCUCGAGGAAGAUGGGUUCGACACUUAUGUGAAACAUGUCAUCGGCCAAUACAACCUCGAAUCGUUCACCUGGCACAAUAUAUCUUCAGGAACCUUGUUUCCUUGGUGUCCAGCUGGAGUCUUGACUUUCCGAGCGUUUGCUAAGGACUGCGGCGGAUGGAAUGCAGAGGAACAAGAAUACGACGAAUGCGAAUGUCGAUGGACACUGCGACAAGCAUCACAGUACUGCUUGGAGAAGAAGAAAUCAAACAUCCACAUGGAGAUUAUCAACCUCGACUGUUUAGGCGAAAUCGUUCCCGCAUAUAUCGAUCACAGCGGAAAGGUUCCAAGAAUCGAACAUGCACAGAAGGGCGAAGUUGUUGUGGACCCCUCGAGAUCAUAUAUCAAGGUGACAAUGAAAGCCCAAGCGGAACCUUGCGUCUGUUGUGGUAUGAAAUGA